CUCAAACUAGAUUUCCAAAACAAAGCGUAGCGGAGGAGGAGCUGCACUUUGCUAGGAAAGCUGCUUACACACACACACACACACACACACGCACACACACAAGCUCUCUGGUGUUGAAGGACCUCUCCCACAGCAACAAGGAUGAGGGGUAUAUUCUCAGUAACGAUCAUGCUGCUUGUGGCUUUGGCCAUUGCCGUGGAAGCCGGGAAGACAAAAGAGAAAGGGAAGGAGGUGAAAGCAGAAGGUGACUGCUCUGAGUGGGUAUAUGGGAGAUGUGUGCCCAACAGCGGCGACUGUGGCCUGGGUGUUCGUGAGGGCACCUGCAAUGAGCAGACCAAGAAAUACAAGUGUAAAGUGCCAUGCAACUGGAAGAAGGACUUCGGAGCUGAUUGCAAGUACAAGUUUGGUCGCUGGGGAGAGUGUGAGGCAGGCACUCGAAGCAGGUCUGGAGUACUGAGGAAAGCGCUGUUCCAAGCUGACUGCCAGGAGACCAUUAAGGUGAACAAACCUUGUACUCCAAAAACACCCAAACCCAAGGGCGGGGAGAAGAAGGCAAAGAAAGGGAAGGAGAAUUAAGUAAUCCAGCGUGUCCCCUCUUUCCACACCCUCUAAAUGGAAUGGCGCUUAAUCUGCAAUGAGGGAAAAAAAACUAUUGUAACCCCAUAUCUAUAUUUGAUUCUGUCUUUUGUUGGUACAAUUGUGAUCCUUUCCUUUGUCCUAUUUUUAAAUGAUUUCUGUAGGAAACCGAUAACUGUAAUUUUACUUUUCCAUUUAUAUAUAGUGAAACAAAGAAAAGCAUUAUUUACUAAAGAUGCAUGUCUGUAUGGACUUUUUGUUUUUUUUUGGCCCUUGAAAAUUUGACCUAAAUACUGCAACAGUAGAGAAAUGAUUUAACACACAAUGACCAACUGGAUCCAUAUUUGUAUAUGUCAAAUAAAAUAAAACCCUCCGAUUUUUUAAUCCACUUGCAACGAUAGACGAGAUGCGUAUCUAUGCUUAUAAAUGUUUCUAGAUUUGUAAUCAGUGUACAAUCAGCAUCACUAACGGAUAAUUCUUCAGGUGCGUGAAUAAAUAAGAAAAAGGUUUUUUGUUUUUUUUCCAAUAACAUUCUCUUUUGCAUUUCCCCCCCCACCCACAAAUACCUACAGGCUGUAGAGUUAUCUUAUUAUUUGUACACAGAAUAAGUAUUUAAACUAAUCAAUCAGUCAGUUGUGUAUGUGUUUUUUUAUAUAUCUUUCACAAACUACGGAUGAACAGGAAUGUUUGGCUCUGGUGUUAUCGAUGUCACACGUCGUUUAUUUCAUUUGAGGUCAGUCGUGGGUCCUGUGAGCUCUGUUCAGUGUCCCUUUUGAUCAAACCUGAGAUAUUAGGAAGGUUUUGCAGUUUAUAGGCUCAGCGUUCGCUUACUGGUGGUUUGUCAUCGUACCAGUAGACAGCCGACUCAAAACCACAAACGCAAAUAAGAACGGUCAUCUUAUGUAAAUAUAAGCAACACGGUCUUAUGUGAUAAAGCAGAAAAAUGGUAUUUUGAACUUAAAUCUAUAAGGCAAUGUACAGUUUAGUUAAAACAUUACUUUUUAGUAUAGUUAAGCAUUUGAAUUCCGCUAUAAAACACACCAUUAUUUUAUUUUGAAAGGUCAAACAGGUUUGGAGACACAUGUAGAAGGAUUUUUGAAUAUAUUUCAACAAGAACAUUUCAAGUCCAUUUUUCUGCUUAGGUUUGCACAUGUGGACCUCUUUAAUUCAGACCACAGAUUUUCCACAGGAUUCAAAUCCAGAGGCUUAGAUGGCCAUUUGCAAGACUGCUGUUUUGACCGAGUUUGGGGUUAUUCUUAAUUUAAUGAACCUCCUGGAAGAGGCAACCAGGUUGUGGCAGAAAUACUGUGGUACGUUGCAGAAUUCAUGAAAAUAAAAAUCUCCACAAAAACCUACCAGCACAAAACAUCCACCAGACGGUUUUAUAGUGAAUAUCAGGUGCUUUUCUUUGUAUGCAAUCCGCAUUUUUAACCCAACAUUCAGAUGGUGCUCAUGACCACCAGUCAGACUUUGUUCCAACCUUCGAGUCCUCCAGUUUGAUGCUUUUGCAAUGUUCUGGUGCAGGAAGUGUUUCUUUCGUACAACCUUUCUAAACAAACUUCUAAUUACUGAGGUGUCAUCGUAUAGUUAAGAAUAAGAUGUGACAUCUCUCUGACUGUAUAAAAUAAACUGCGGUUCUGAAACUGUCA